GAUUCAACCUUGUAGAUUUGAGUAUGGAGAAUAAAAUGCUAUAAUAAUAUAAUAGUCACAGGAAAUCGAGAGCAUACAGAUCCAUUCAGUGGAGGGUUGCUGAAUUCUGAUAAAAGUGAUCUUUACCAUAACCUGGUAUAUCUUCAACCGAGUUUAUGUACUCUAAACUUUAAAACUCUCCUUUCAGAAGGUGUGUAUUUCAGUUCUUGCUGAUGUCGUCCACUAAAACAUUUCACUACUUUGAAUAACUGAAAGAGAGGAUAAAGCGUAAUGUAACAACUGGUAAUUUAAGUUACUUAUGUGAACAACAGGACAAUGGUCAACAACUUGAAACUAACAAAAGAAAACAGUGUUUGGUGGUAAACAUCUUUAAAGCAAAGAUAAAACAAAGUAUUAGUUAUUUGUUAAAAUAAAAUAUUUUUCUGGAAGUCUGAGUAGUUUAUGGUGUGACUUUCCUGACUUAACUCGGAAUUGGCUAAAACUUCACCAACAGCAGGCAUGACAACUACCGAGUUUUUGCUAUUAAACUUAACAUCAAUAAAAGAAACAUAUAACAAGUCUGAAAUACCGAAAAAUCCAACAGAAUUCAAUUACUUUGCCGCUUUUCUCAUUAUUGUUCUUAGUAUUGUUGGUCUUAGCGGUAAUGCACUGACAGUUUUUGCUUUGUGGAAAUACCCACGUGCGCGUGGUCCUACUGCCAACUUUAUCAUCAGUUUAUGCGUUGCUGAUUUUUUGUACUGUGCCUGGAACCUUCCAUUUACCGUCUCGGAAUACAUUAUUCAGAAGUGGAUUUAUGGCGAUAUUUUCUGUAUCUUAUACCCCUUUGUGCAAUAUGUUAACUCAGCCUUGUCCUUGCUUCUCGUCACAGCAGUCACUAUAAACCGUUACAUACUUAUUGCCCACAAAAAUGUGUACGAAAACAUUUACCAAAGACGCUAUAUCGGUCUUAUGAUUGUGGUAAUUUGGCUUUUUACGUUUUCUUUAUUGGUACCUACACUGGCUGGCGUGUGGGGUCGUUUUGGUUAUGACGAGAAGCUCCUAGCUUGUUCUAUUGUCGAAGUCAACGGACAAUCGCCAAAAGCUUUUCUCUUUAUCAUUGGCUUCAUUAUUCCAACUUUUACCAUUAUAUUCUGCUAUGCCCGUAUUUUUUGGGUUGUAAAGAGGAGUUCGAAGCGUCUUCGUAACCACAGUAAAGGAGAAGUUAAAGAACAAAAGAAUCGAGACACAAAGAAACGAAAAGAAGAAUGGCGUCUCACUAGGAUGAUCCUCAUCAUCUUCUGCUCUUUCAUACUUUGCUUUCUUCCUCAAACAGUUAUCAAGGUUACGGAUAAAAAUGUCAGGUACCCUGUUCUACACACUCUGGGAUACAUCCUUAUCUAUACAAGCUCUUGCAUCAAUCCAAUUAUCUACGGUGUCACCAACAAGCAGUACAGAGAAGCAUACAAGUCAGUGCUGUGUCGAACAAGGCCGAAACGAACGAGUGUAUUGUAUAAUGUGUCUCCAUCUAAUGAGAACAGUAGUUCUCAAAGCCCUCCACAUUCUAAUAUCUCUCAGUCUACAAAAGGGUCUGAAAUAAAUGAACAAGUGUGAAGUUUUUAAUCAGAAGUAGUCUGACAAAAAUACAACCGUAUAGGUUUUAGGCAGUAAAUUGUAUUAUUUUAAAGUUGGUGCUAAGUUAUGAGAUUACGUUAAAUGUCCGCUAGAUGAACUAUUUCAAUAAUUCAAACUUCUAUAAUGUUAUACAAUUUCUUAAGUUUUCUUGGCUACAUAUUCAAUUCUUUAUAUACGAAAAUCUAAGUUAGAAUUUUCUUAAUAUAUUUAGCAACUUUUGUAUUAUUAGUCGCAACUUUGAGUGGAUUCUUUUUCUGUUUUUGGUAAUAGUAUAUUGAUAAAACCAAACCUAUUUCUUAGACCUUUGGAAUUUUAAAGAGCGUCGACAAUCUCAUUUUGUGUGGAUAUCUAAGCAUAAUUUACAUACGUUUUUCAUUAUUUUCAAUCAGUGUGUCAUUUCAAGGUUUUUCCAAUAAUGUAUUUAGGUUUGAGACGUCUUUGACGUCUUAUAAACUAAAUGAACUGUAUAAAAAGAAAGGAUAAAUAAACGUGUUUUUUUUAAGUUU